CAGGAUUCAACCGGUCUGAUUGAAGUCAACCGGCAGUUUGGCUCACAACUUGCGCUCGUAAUUAGUUAACCGGCAUUUUCAAACCUAUCAACGAAUCGUGCUGAACCUGUUCGACCUUUGGUCAGAUUGAAGGAAACAGCGUAGUUCAACCACAACAAUGGCAGAAGCCGUGAAGCAAUCGACACAGGGAAUCGCGACGACCCCAGAGAGCGGGCCUCACCUGGAAGUCUUCGACAGGGUGUGCAACAUGCCCGUGGUCCAGACGGCGAUCGGGAUGACGGGAUCGACUUACAACUACGUCAAGGAGUCGAGCGAUCUUCUCAACUGGGCUCUGAAUUACGCCGAAUCCGGUCUGCAUUACGCCUCGGCAACCGCGGUGCCGAUCGCCACGCCGAUCGUUAAGAAGUUCGAAGGGCCGAUCAACAAGGUCGAUCAGACCUUGUGCAAGGGUCUGGAUAUCGUCGAGCAACAGGUCUCGACAGCGAGGGAACAACCCCAGCAUGUCGUCGAGGCAGCGAGAGCGGUUAUGAACAGUUCGAUAGCACCGGCUCUUGAAAAAUUGACCGCAGCUAAAGACACGGCGACUCAACAAGCCUCGUCGUUGAAGGAUGCGGCUCUCGCCAAGGCGAACGAAGCACUGAACAAUCAGUUCGGAGCAAUGGCCGUUCAGGGUGUGGACAAUGCUAGUGCGGCGGUAAAUCGUUUGCUGGAUCAGUAUUUCCCGGCGGUUACAAGCGAGGAUCAAGACGUUGUGCCAGCCCCGAUUUCAGCCGAAGAAAACAAGGUCUUACACACCGUUCAGACCGUCGGUCAACUCUCUACAAAGACGGCGAGGCGUGUCUAUCACUCGAUAUCUGCCCAGUUAAGGACUAUAAAAAAGGAGGAUGUCACCGCCUACAUGAACAGUGCCAUGUCGAUCCUGCACUUGACUCAAUUACUUGGCAGUGAUAAAAAUGCGGGAGCCGGAGCUUCGGAGAGCGAGAAAAAGGACGGCGAAAAGGAAGUCAGGGAGGAACAGUAAGCUACGGAAGGGGAGGCGAGAGGGGGGGAUGAAAUACGGCCCGAUGGAUGUCGCUAAGUUCAGCUGUUAAUUCGUACAAGAAAACGCGUUUAAUUGUACAAGAAAAAAUUAGAAGAGGAACGAUAGCUGCUCCCAAGUACUGAUCAGAUGUUAUGUCUAUUUUUUUAUACCGCAGAUAUGUACUGAUAAUGAAAAAUCUGCAUUUAUGAUUAUUAUGAAUAUCGAGUAUCAUGUGUACAUAAUAUAUAUACCUAUAUACAUAUCUUUAUAUGCAGAUGACACUCGUCAUCACAUGCGUAAUAUAAUAAUAUUAUACAA